AUGCUCAAAUUCGGAUUGGAGCCUACCACUGUGACAUUUACUACCUUAAUUAAUGGGCUUUGUAUGGAGAGUAAAAUCGAUAAUGCAGUGGAAUUUUUCGAUGAUAUGGUAGCACGUGGUUAUCAACCUGAUGUUUAUACUUACAGUACGAUAAUAAACGGUAUGUGUAAAUUUGGGAAAACAAAUGUGGCUAUUGGGCUACUAAAGGGAAUGGCUGAUAGAGGUUGUGAGCCAAAUGUUAUGACAUACGGAGCAAUCAUUGACGCCCUUUGCAAGGAUGAACUAGUUGGUGAGGCUUUAGAGCUCUUCUCUCAAAUGAGGAAUAAGGGCAUUUCACCUAAUGUCAUCACUUACAAUAGUUUAAUUCAUGGUGUUUGCAAAUUAGGCCAAAAGAACCAAGCUUUGGCCUUGAUGAAUGAAAUGGUGGAGCAGAACAUAUUACCAAAUGUUUAUACCUUCAAUGUAUUGAUUGAUGCUCUUUGUAAGGAUGGAAUGGUUUCAGAGGCUCAAAAUACAUUCAAUGUAAUGAUUCAAAGAGGUGUAGAGCCUGAUGUGAUCACAUACACAUCCUUAAUUGAUGGUCUUUGCAUUUCAGACCAUUUCAAGGAAGCUUUGGCCUUGUUGAAAGAAAUGGUGGGAAGGAACAUAUCCCCUAUUGUUUUUACCUUCAAUAUAUUGAUCGACACUCUUUGUAAGAAAGGACUCGUUUCAAAUGCACAAAAUAUAUUCAAAAUAAUGAUUCAAAGAGGUGUGGAACCUAGUGUUGUCACUUAUAAUUCAUUGAUGUAUGGAUAUUGUCUAGGCAGCCAAAUUGACAAGGCUAGAAAGCUAUUUGAUCUGAUGGUGACCAAUGAAAUAGCUGACAUAUUUAGCUACAACAUUUUGAUCAAUGGAUAUUGUAAGUACAAAAUGAUAGAUGAUGCAAAGCAGAUUUUUGAUGAAAUGUCUCAUAAAGGUUUAAUUCCUGAUGCUGUUACUUAUCAUACUCUUAUAAAGGGUAUGUUUCAAGCAGGGAGGCCCCAAAAUGCAAAAGAGCUCUUUAAGGAUAUGUGCUCUUAUGGUAAACAAUCAAAUAUAGUAACCUUCUCAAUUAUGAUUGAUGGCUUGUGUAGACAGGGGAAUCUCGAUGAAGCACUCACCCUAUUGAAAGAAAUGGAGGAAAGCCAGUUGAAGCCUGAUCUUGUGACCUAUUGCAUUCUGAUCAAUGGUAUGUGCAAAGCUAGCAAGAUUAAUGAUGCCAAGGAACUGUUUUCUAGUCUUUUUGAAAAUGGUUUACAACCUAAUGUUUAUAUAUAUAGUGCAAUUAUGAAAGGACUCUGCCGAGAAGGAUUAAUAGACGAAGCAUAUAAGAUUUUUAGAGACAUGGAAAAGGGAGGAUGUUUACAGAAUAAUUGUUGUUAUAAUAUCAUCAUUCAAGGGUUUCUCAGGCAUGAGGAUUUACCAAAAGGAACUAAUCAACGAAAUGGUUGA